AUGAGUGAUCGAAUACAGACGAUCGUGCUGUAUCGUGGAUUUGGUUCAACGAAUAUAAAUGGUGAGAAAAAAGUACAGUCCACUCGGCAUUCGUUGGGUUUUAGUAUUGUUGGAGGCAUUGAUUCUCCGCGUGGUCCUAUGGGGAUUUUUGUGAAAACGAUUUAUGCAAAUGGCAUCGCAGCACGAAGUGGUUUACUUCGUAAAGGUGAUGAAAUAUUAAGUGUUAAUGGCAAUGAAUUAUGCGGUAAAACUCAUUUGCAAGCACUACAAAUAUUCCGUAAAUAUUCGAAAGUCGAUGUGACACUUUGUAUAAAGAAACAAUUAAUUCGCAAAGAAUCGGACGAUAAACGACGAAUUCGAUCGUUUUGUAACAAAGAUUUAACGGAUAACAAAAGCAAUAAGCAGUGGUACCCUUUACAACGUUGUAAUCCCCGCUAA